UUCUCAAGUCAGCCACGCAGCAGGGUCGCAGACCCGCUUCACCCGUUUCCUUUCAUCUUUUUUCCCUCUCUCCCCCAUUUCAAAACUUCCAGAUCCACCUAGGGUUUGCGCCUCCUCCCUCCGCCCCCAUCACACAAGCCGCAUCGAGGAGGACGACGCCGACCUCGGACCGUCGGAAGCACCAUGGAGAAGUACGAGAAGCUGGAGAAGGUCGGGGAGGGCACCUACGGCAAGGUGUACAAGGCGCAGGACAAGGCGACGGGCCAGGUGGUGGCGCUCAAGAAGACCCGCCUGGAGAUGGACGACGAAGGGAUCCCGCCCACCGCGCUCCGUGAGAUCUCCCUCCUCCGCCUCCUCUCCAGCUCCCUCUACGUCGUCCGCCUCCUCGCCGUCGAGCAGGCCACCAAGGGCGGCGGCGCCGGCGGUGGAGGGAAGCCCGUCCUCUACCUCGUCUUCGAGUUUCUUGACACUGACCUCAAGAAGUUCGUCGACGCCUACCGCCGUGGGCCCGCCCCUAAGCCGCUCCCAACGCAGGUCGUCAAGAGUUUCUUGUAUCAGUUAUGCAAAGGAAUUGCACACUGCCAUGGCCAUGGGGUCCUUCAUCGGGAUUUAAAGCCCCAAAAUCUAUUGGUUGACAAGGAGAAGAUGAUACUGAAAAUUGCAGAUCUUGGGUUAAGUAGAGCUUUUACUGUUCCUAUGAAAAGCUACACCCAUGAGAUCGUGACGCUUUGGUAUAGAGCUCCUGAAGUACUGCUUGGAGCAACACAUUACUCAACCAGUGUUGAUAUUUGGUCCAUCGGAUGCAUCUUUGCCGAGAUGGUCAGAAAACAGGCUCUUUUCCCUGGUGACUCUGAGUUACAGCAACUGCUUCACAUUUUCAAGCUGUUGGGAACUCCUACCGAGGAGGAUUGGCCUGGAGUAACUGCUCUGAGGGACUGGCAUGAGUUUCCUCAGUGGAAAGCACAAAGAUUGACACGUGCAGUCCCUACACUGGAACCAGAAGGAAUUGACCUGCUAUCGAAAAUGCUCCAGUUCGACCCGGCGAACAGGAUCUCAGCCAAAGCCGCGCUAGAGCAUCCCUAUUUCAACAGCCUCGACAAGUCUCAGUUCUAGCUGUUCUAGCUACCGUGUGAUUUUUCUCAACUUGGUGUGUGCGCUCUGCUCACCAACUUGUUCUGCCAUGAGAUCGAUGCUGAAAACGCACGAAACCAUGUUUCAUCUACCUACAAUCAGCAACGGCGUGUUGCUGGUAGUUGGCUCCCAUGAGCGCCCGUCUCCUAAACCUCCAGCACUUGAUUUGCCCUGAGAAUUAUCGACUGAAGAUACUGUAGGAGUUUUAUUUGCUCUGUACGGAAUUGUUUGAUGAGAUGGGUUUGUGGACAACAGACAUUUGUGUAGCAUAAUAAGGCAGUACUAGUAUUUGUUAAGAAAAUGUUGCUUCAUGACAAGUGAAGUUAUUUGGAGCUGCGAA